CAGCCUUCCGACGUAACAAACCUCGAGGCCUCCUCGUCCAAUGGCGACGGCGUCCGCGUUAUCUUCUCUUCUUCCCAAAUCCCCGUCGUCUUUCGAGAGUUUCGGCUUCCUACUUCGUUUCCCCGUCUGUUCCAGCUCCCACAUAGCUCGUUGCUUCCUAAGCUCUCACGGCAGGGACCGCUACCUCACAGCUACCUCCCUGGGUUUACUUCCAGCCAACGGAAUCUACCUAUCGGCAUAUCCAUCAGAUACUCCGCGGUGCAGGCUUGCUUCGGUUUUCGCGUCCUUGUCUGGUGGCGGUGGCGUGGAUGGCGUUGAUGGAGGCGGCGGCGGAGGAGGAGGAGGAGGAGGAGGCGACGGCGGGUCGAGCUCGGGGGAAACCGAGGCGAAACCCGUAGCCAGAGAUUCGGAGGACUCCACUGCGUUCGGUUCCGAUGCGAUUGUCCUCCAUGUCGGAGGCAUGAGCUGCGGCGGUUGUGCUGCAAGCGUUAAACGCAUCUUGGAGAGCCUACCUCAGGUAUAUUCUGCCAUAGUUAACCUUGAAAAAGAGACGGCAUUUGUUUGGGCUGUACCUGAAGUCAAGGAUUCGGAGGAUUGGCAGCAAGAUCUUGGACAGCAACUUGCAAAGCACUUGACUACUUGUGGAUUUGAAUCCAACAUUCAAGGUAACUAACAAUCAUGUAUUCCUCCAUAGAAAAAAUAAGAAAAGAAAAAGGAUUUGGAGUUCAUACUUCUUGGGCUUUGGACUCUGUAGCGGACUAUAAUAAAAACAUAUGAAAAGGCAAGACAUGGACUGAAGAAUGGACAUAGUUUAAUAUAGAGCUCAUUCUUGUUUUACCAAUUAGGAUACUUAUAUAUAGUGGAGGUAAUAGACAUUUGGAGGUUACUGUGCUGUUGUAGAACAAAGCUCGUUCAAUUUUUCAACUUGUUUUCCUUUCUCUA